AUGAGCAAUACUCUAAAAAUUGAUGGUCACACCGAAGAAGCCAAGAAAUUGAGAAUGUUCCCGUUUACCUUAGCGGAAGAAGCCGAAGAAUGGUUUUAUUCUCUACCUGCCGGUAGCAUCACAUCUUGGGAAGAAAUGGAAAAAGCCUUCCUUAUUGAGUAUUUUCUAGCAUCAGUAUUUCUGCGGAAGAGAUGUCAAAGCAAACUAGAAGGGGUUAUAGAUUUAAAGCUGGAAACUAAUAAAAUUUGUAUUGAAGAUACUAUAGUUGCUGAAGUUGAGAAGAAGCUGAAGGCGAUGAAUAUAGGUAUCCAACAGGUGGCGCAGGUCCAACCGACCCCUACUGUCUUUUGUGAAAUUUAUAGUGGUCCGCACCAAACUGUUUAUUGUUUUGCAACUCCUCAACAAGUGGAGGAAAUCAAAUUUUUAAAGCAGAAUAAUCCUUAUUCCAACACGUAUAACCCGGGUUGGAAGAAUCAUCCCAACUUCUCAUGGAAAUACCAAAAAGGAACCGCUCCUCAACAUGGUCAGUACCAAACUCAAUAUCAACAACAACAGCAACAACAGACCCCUAAGAAAGUUGAUUGGUAA